UUUACGAUUUAGAGAUCCAUUAUAAUAUCACGCCAAAUGCGAAUGCAGUUAAGUUUUUUGAUUUAUCGAACAACGUCUUUAACAUAUUUACCGGUUAUUAUGGACCAUUUCCGAACAUUGAAGUGUUCAAUAUUUCUCGUUGUUACAUUAUGCAAGUGGGUGACAAAUCUUUAAACUAUUCUUCGUUACAAAUCCUGCGACUCGACCAAAACUACCUUGGAGACCAGUUAUCGGACAGUGUGAGAUCAAAUAUAUUUGCAUAUUUAAUAUCAUUAAAAAGUCUUAAUUUAUCUGCGAACGGCAUUACAAAUUUGCAUACUUCGACGUUUGCGCCAUUAACAAAUUUAACAAAUCUAGAUCUUAGCUACAAUAAUAUCGGCACUCUGGAUAUUAUGCAAUCCUCGUUAACAAACUUGUUAAACAUAGAUCUACACGUUAAUUCUAUUCACACUAUUGCCGGAAAUCUCCGAAUAGGACUGGAAAUAAAGGCCAAAAAAAGAAAUUCUACUUUCGGAAUUGAUCUACGAAACAACACGCUCGAUUAUUCGUGCGAAAACCUAGACUUUCUAAACUGGCUAUAUGGACAUCAGAGAAACAUGAAAGGUUUUGAAUUGUAUGUUUUUCAAUUGUCAGAUGGUAAGAUUAUGGAUUGUGCAUGGUUCAGGAAUAACAUCAGCCACCUAGAUGCUAACUGCAGAUCGUACACACUGAUAAUCGUCAUGUGCUGUAUCGGGAUAUCUUCAGCACUGGCUACAGUUAUGGGAGGUGUGAUAUACCGACAUCGCUGGAAACUCCGAUACCUGCUUUUUAUGUCUAGGAAAAGGUUCUUCGGUUACCGUAGAUUGCCGGACUACACGGUUAUAGAAAACUACAGAUUUAAUGCGUUUAUUUCAUACGCAGAGGACAAUAUCAGAUUUAUUUUAGAUGAAAUUAUUCCAAAACUUGAGACGGAAAAUGUUUCUUUGUGUCUUCAUCAGCGACACUUUCUGCCGGGCAAUGCCAUAUCGGAUAACAUAAUUCAAGCUAUCCAAAGCAGCAGAAAGACAAUCGUCAUUUUAUCAGAAGCCUUCUUGAGAAGCAAGUGUUGCAUGUACGAAUUCAACAUGGCGCGAAUGGAAAGCAUAUACUCAAGACAGGACCGGGUGUGUUUAGUGAUUGUUAUGCUUGAACACGUCCCACACAACAAGAUGCCGUUGGAAAUGCUUCGAUGGAUUCAAGAAAACAGUUACAGUGAAUAUACACAUGAAAGAGAUGGACAGGUAAUGUUUUGGGAAAGGUUAGUGUCAGCAAUACGGUAACACUGUUAGAGUCGAAAUUGCCGUUAACAUGUUUAUGAACUUUGACAAUAAGAAUAUGCCUGAUUGAAAACAUAUUAAUGACCACAUAAAACAUCAUGUGAGUUCUACUACUACUUCUACCACUACUAGGCCGCAUUCGAAUAUAUGCCAUGUAUGUAAUAAAAAAUAGGUAACAAGAUUAAAACUUAGAAAUAUCAAAAAAUAUAUUAUACCCAUUAAAGCCAAAUUUUUUACACAUCUUGAUUUUAUAAUCAGUUUUUUUUGUAAAUAAAUAUGUUUAUUAUGCACAAUAUUUAGUUGUAAUACUAUUAAUGUUCGUAUAUCACUUGUAGCAUUAGGUUGAUCUAUAAUAAAGUGUAUUGAUUGUUUACAUGUAUGACUUGACGAAAGCAUUUGAAAAGUAAUGUCGAAUAUUGAUAAGUGGGUCUCCUUUCUGAAAAUAAAAAAAAACUACAACAAUAUAGUACUUUAAAAGAUUAUCAACCAUUGGGUACGGGUAUAAACAAGAAAAAAGCCAAUAACUAUAACAAGACGGUACGUCAGCAGUCAGUCCUCUAAUAUCGCUAAGUUUCUGAAUGAUUUACUAUUUUAUCACCUCUACUCUGACAGUGAUCCCAAGCGGAAGACUAUUUUAGUAAACUAUGUAAACAGCAAAACAAAAUAUUUUUUAAUAUUUCUUAUUACGUUUGUUUAAAUAUUGCCAUUUAUAUCUUGUUUAUGGUUUAUCUGUUCUUGUAUAUUUUAUGUGGGGUUUUAUUCCUUGUUAUUUAAUGCUUCUAGUGUCAUUUGUAUCUUUUUAAAAGUUUUUUUUUAGUGUUGCCGUAGUGCUUGAAAGACAUAAGAGUUUACUUAAACCAUUGAUUUUUUACAUGUGUGUGUGUGUGUGAUGUAACUGGGAAAUUCUAUUAAUAAGACAGGUGACUAGUUGCAAAAUGUAAACGUCUUAUCAGUUCAAUUGUUUGUCAUCCGCAUUUGUAUUUGUUUUUAAAGUAUACAGCUCUCUGGGUUUAUCGUCAUAAAACUUAUCAUCAGUUUCAAGCCAUUGUUUAUGCACAGUCAGAUUAAGAAAUUGUGCCCAACCAGCUUAAUAAUGUGUAUAUUUACUACGUUAGCCCAAAAUGCCGCUAUUUUCCUGUAGAUCAAAAGAAUAUAAAACAUGGGCCUACAUUCUACCAUGUCUCUCGACUUGUUUCUACAGACAAAGAAGGAAAAUAAGUGGGUAUAUUAUGCAACCAACAAUUGUCGGAACCUUAUUUGGUGAACGUUGUUCCGGAAAUUUCCAGAUUUUUUUUAGUAAAAUUCACGUGUUUAAACGCGUGAUCAAGCAAGUUUGGCAAAUAAAUAAUGCCUGAAUUAUGCAUAGCUUGAAUACUGUUACAGGUAUUCACUUUGAAGUUCACAAUAGAUACACAAUAGAUACCACUGAGGGUUUGUGCAGCACACUGUUACCUUAAUGUAUCCUUUAAUAUUUUACUGUUAUGAAAAAAAAUUGCCAAUAGCACAUCUUAUACGUGUACAUAAUAGUAGGUAUAAACAUAAAACUUCAUAGAUACUAUAUAGAAGAUAGCAAACAUUGAGUGAAAUAACAGCUUAUUUAUAUGCAUAUCUGGAGAACUAUAAAAAAGGUAUAAACUUAAAACUUUAUAUGUAAAAAGGUUUCAUAUAUAUGAAGUGCAGUAUAAUAACCAUAACUCUCAUUUCCACAUUUUGAGAGUCGUUGCCCUUAUUGUUAUAUGUAAUAUUUGGGCAUAUUUCUUUUGUAAGUAAUCAACAUAAGUCUGCAUAGGUAAAUAUAUCCAUUUAAAAUGAAGUGCUGCGCUUAAGAGGAUAACUCUUGCUUAAAAACUUGUGUGUGUGUUCGUCUCAUGGUAAUAUUUACCUUUAUAGUUUGUAUGGAACAUAUCACGAAAACUGUACAAGGUAAAGAGAUUUCCAAAAUUCACAAUAGUCAUUACUUUUACCUCCCUAUUUUUAGAUCUGUUCUCUGGUAAAUGUUAUGCUUAUUGUUUGUCCGAGACAUAUCUUAUGAACUAUGAACGAUGUCAACUUCCGAAUUCACAGGUACAACGAUCUCGUGAAAGGGAUGUGCAGUUCACAAGAAAUAAUAAAUUCUGCAUUUAUUAUUGUCCAGUUAUAACUUUUUUUUUUAAUUUUUAUGUUCAAAUUUGUCCGGGGCAUAUCUCGAAAAUUAUAUUAGACUAACAUUAAACUAAAAUGAAGCUCGCAUUUAAGGUCAUUGUUUUGAAUAUGUAUCGUAAUUGUUGCCUUCAUGAAUGUACGGUUAUUUCUUUUUUAUUUCAAAUUCAUUUUUUUCUUCCUGGAUAGACUAUUUCUCACAUGAAGGAUAUGCUCCAUACAUUUCUCUUCUAAAUUUGAUAAAUUACACCAAUUAUUUUAAUCCAUACACGCAGUUCUCUCUGACAAGGUGCCAUGUGGGAAAUAUUUCAGGUAUUUCAGUAAGAUGUUAGUACAUUAUUAACAAUUAUUCAUGUGUUAUAUGAUUUACGAGUGAAAGUAUUGUAUUUUGAUAAAUUGUGUUACCCCAUCUGUAAGUAAGUUUGAAUUGGGAGAAGUUUUCAAUGACAUGUGUAUGCUUGCCUUUUUUUAAUGUGCUAUAUGUAAUAAAUGAG